UGGAGGGAGUUGUCAGGAAAAACUCACCGCAGCCAGUGAGGUGCAUUCGUGGGGGGUGAACUGAUUUUAAGUGAUCGCAGUGAAACGCAGAGGGUUUUUAACCACGAGGAAAGAGGUUCGAGUCCCUGUACGGGGCAGGAGAAGCUGCAGUGAAGCUUUGCGGUUGCAGGAGCGACUUGUUCUGUGGAGUUUGGUGCGAUUGGACACUUUCCUCCCUGCAGAGGACACACUGUUUGGACAUCAGUGAGGACAUUGUCCCAGCAGCUGAUUUCUGCAGGAGGAUUAUUUGGAGGGAGCCUCUUGGUAUUUGGGGACUUGGUGUGUUUGUGGUGUGUGUGUGUGUGUGUGUGUGUGUGUAAGGAAGCGGAGGGGCUGUUGUUACUGAUGCAGAAGUCAGGAGUGUUCUGCUGAAUCCCUUCUCUCCUCCCCGCGGACCAAAUUGAUCCCAGUUCCAGGAUUGAUUCGCAGGAUCGAGCCCGGCACUGACGCCCCGACCGCCCAGCAUCUCUCCUGCACCACCGCCGUGCAAGAAGGGACUAUGUUGAUGAAGGAGUACCGCAUCUGCAUGCCCCUCACCGUGGAGGAGUACCGGAUCGGCCAGCUGUAUAUGAUCAGCAAACACAGUCAUGAGCAGAGCGAGCGUGGCGAGGGGGUGGAGGUGGUCCAGAACGAGCCGUAUGAGGACCCCGAGCACGGAGCAGGCCAGUUCACAGAGAAACGAAUCUACCUCAACAACAAACUGCCCAAUUGGGCCAGAGCAGUCGUCCCUAAGAUUUUCUAUGUCACAGAGAAGGCCUGGAACUAUUACCCUUACACCAUAACAGAGUACACGUGCUCCUUCCUGCCCAAGUUUUCCAUCCACAUAGAAAGCAAGUACGAGGACAACAAAGGCAACAACGAUAACAUAUUUAACAGCGAGCCCAGAGAAGAGGAGACGGAGACGUGUUGCGUGGACAUCGCCUACGAUGAGAUCCCUGAGCGCCACUACAAGGAGUCAGAGGACCCGCGUCACUUCCAAUCGAAGAAGACGAGCCGAGGCGUCCUGCAGGAAGGAUGGAUCGACUCGCAAGACCCCAUCAUGUGCUCCUACAAACUGGUCACAGUGAAGUUUGAGGUGUGGGGCCUGCAGACGCGUGUGGAGCAGUUUGUACACAAGGUGAUUCGAGACGUCCUGCUGUUAGGACACAGACAGGCGUUUGCCUGGGUGGAUGAGUGGAUCAACAUGACCAUGGAGGAGGUGAGAGAGUAUGAGCGCGCCACACAGGAGGCCACCAACCUCAAGAUCGGCUCCUUCCCCCCCGCCAUCUCCAUCUCCGAGACCCCCCUGUCGUCCUGCGCCCGCAGCGGCCCCAACAGCGCCCCGUCCACUCCCCUCUCCACCGAGGCCCCCGAGUUCCUGUCGGUGCCCAAGGACCGGCCCAGGAAGAAGUCCGCCCCGGAGACCCUGACGCUGCCCGAUCCGGGGCGCCGGGAUUCAAUCUUCAAACUGCCCAGCUUCUUCUCCUGGAACUCCAGUCCCCAGCCGGAAUGAGAGCGGUGAACUAUAAGGCCCUUUGACCUGUGGAUCAGUGGAGGAUGCCUGCCCAGCACAUCCCACAACAACCCCCCACCCCCUGCAGCCAGAUGACAUGAAGCAGAACUUUUCACCGUCCUGGUGUUACAGCAAAGCCAACAGCUCUUAGGCUGCACAGGUCCCGACAGGCGGCCUGAUCUCUGCAGCAGAAAGGCCUGCGAGGUCCUAAGGUGUAGGGCGUCCUAUUGAGAGUCAAAGCAGCUGGGAGGCUCCUCCUUCUCCCCCUCUCCUCCAGAAAACAGCCAGCGCUGUGAAUCCGACAGUGUGGAGUUCAAUUAGUCAGAUCGAGUGUAGCGUACAUUCCUGAAAACGUUUUAUCCCUCGGGAGCAUCGGCUUAUUUUCAUCCAAGCUUGAUGAGGGGCGUCGAGAUUCGGUCACUGUACAUAACCUCGACAUAUUACGAUUCGAAGUCUCCGGCUCUGGUAACUGGAACGUGUGGUUUGACAUCUGUUUAUGUGGUGGGGACGUUUUUUUGGGCCACUGUAUCAGUUGAAUGUUACGAUUUCCACAGGCAGGUGUGAGGUGAUUGUGUAUUCUUGUGUAUAUAGAACAGUACGAACAAUAAAUACCCAGUAAAGUGUCCGUGCUUCAUAUCUCGUGAUGCUGCUAUGAAACGUGUAUUUUAAAGGACAGGACUAUCAUCCGAAGUCCGUCCUCUUCUGCAAGUGUUUAUAUAUUUAAUACAGUGACUUCUGUCGGCCAGUGUCUGUAAAUGACAUUUCUGUAUGUAACAGCAUGAUUUUGACUGCGGAAGCUGCUUUUAAAUAUUUUGUGAAGUGUUUUCUUGGCCUCAUACUUGUUGAUGUUGUGUUUUAACUGAGUUCUCAGACUGGUUCGUGUAUGAUGUUUUACUGUUUUAUCCAUUUUUAGUCAUUGUUGAUGGAUUUUGUAUUUAGUGAAUUGAAUUAAAUGAAACACUGUUGUAUCCAUACUUGUGUAAGAGAUCUUUGUUGAUAGCGCUUAUAUGAAUGGAAUUAAGAAUAAGAGUAAUAAAGAA